AUGCAAUGGAGAGAGAUGCUGCAAGAGGAUGUAAAAGGGCGAGGCAUCUGCAAGAGUAUGUAUGAACUGAGGGAUGCAACCCACAACCAUGCUGAGCCCCAAAAUGAGACAGGCUCGGCGAGGCCGUGCUCCCCUCUUAACCAGGAGAAGGUGCUGAAGGCAGGCUGGCUGAAAAGACAACGCAUUAUUUUGAAAAACUGGCAACUACGUUGGUUUGUCCUCAAGGCUGAAGCUUUGUACUUCUACAAAGACCAAGAUGAGACCAAGGAACAGGGUUUAAUUCCUCUCAAAGGCAGCCAGGUCAGUGACCUGCCCGCCAAUCACGAUGAACCGGGGCGUCAUUUAUUUGAAAUAGUUGCAGGUGGCAGCAGAGAACGCGAUCGAAACCAUGAAUCAUUCCUGCUGAUGGCCAACUCUGAAAGUGAUGCAGAAGAAUGGGUCCGAGCCAUACACAGAGCAAUAUGGGCCGUACAUGGAGGAGGUAUCUUUGGGCAGCACAUAGAGGAAACUAUGCUUAAUGAGGGAAAAUUUGAUCCCCAACAAAAGGUGCCUGUGCUUGUUGAACGCUGUACGUGUUUCAUACGUGAACACGGGGUUCGAGAGGAAGGUCUUUUUAGGUCCCCUGGGCAGAGCAAUCACAUUCAAGAACUGCAAGAUGCGUUUUAUCGUGGGGAGAAUCUGUUGUUUGACAGUACCACUGACGUCCACACAGUAGCGUCACUCCUCGUGCUGUAUUUAGGGGAGCUACCUGAGCCUGUGAUCCCUUUCACCAAGUAUGCACAAUUCCUCUCUUGUGCAAUGCUAAUCACCAAGGACAGAGAAACGGGUAUCAUAGAGCUUGGCAAGCAAGUGAACUUUCUUCCAAAGGUCAACUACAACCUUCUUGAACACAUCUGUAGGUUUCUGGAUGAAGUCCAGUCCCACUCUGACGUAAAUAAUAUGAGCAUCCAGAACCUCGCCACUGUCUUUGGACCCAGCCUGCUUCGGCCCAGAGUGGAAGACCCGGUGACCGUGAUGGAGGGGAGUCCUCAGCUGCAACACCUGAUGACUGUGCUUAUCAGUGAACACGCCAGACUUUACGGUCAAGACAACUGUGGUACUACGAUAGAGAAUUCUUCAUUGUGCAAAAACGACUCUCUCCAUAAGGGUAAAGUGGAAUGGCUUAAACAAGAGACAACAGUACCCCCUGUGGCUGAAAUACCUCAGGAAAGUCUUCGACAAUCUACCCCUUUCAAGGACGAUAAACUGACACCAUUCGUCACUACCUCGGAGAAGGAUGAAUCUGUUCUAAUGAAGAGAAUGCCAGAGGAGAAUGUGAACGGUCAAACAAAUGAUAAAAAAGAACAAGAGAGGCCCGCUAAGCAGUCCAAUGUCCUCUCUGCCGGGAAGGGCUCUUUUAAGGGCAGUUGCGAGGGUUCAAGGGGAAACAUUGGGAGAUCGGCGGGCGAUGUUUCAGUAGCAGGUGGUAGUAACUGGCUGAUGAAUGGCCUGUCAUCCCACCAAGCACACAGGCGCACCACCUCAUCUGUAGCAAAACUGGAAGACUCUGCUCCGUUCUUGACAGAUGCAACCCUUUCGCAUAAAGAGACCAUAGUAUCGCAAAAAGACCCCAGUAAAGACGUCCCUUGGACGCCGUCCUCUCAGAGAGCGCUUCACCAGUCGCACAGACUGUCUGCCUAUGACAAUGUUGCUCCUUCCACGCUCAGCUUGCCUGCUCAAAACUCUUCCAUAUGGACUGUUUUUGACAUCUCACUAACUGAGCCGCAAGACCAACAAAGAUCGCUGACUGAUGCUAUAAAUGCACUCAAUCAUGAGCCAAGUAGGGCUGAUGGUGAUGGGCUAACAAACCAAGUCACAGAGUUACAUGAUGAGCUAAAGGCACAGAGAGUGAGCUUUGAAUGCAGCAUUCGCAAGUUGGAGGAGAACUGUCGUAAGCACCGGGCCCAGAUAAAUAAACUCGAGGAGGAGCUCGACCAGGAGAGAAAACGUUAUCACAUGCUGGAGAUCCGAUUCAGGAACUCAGAGCGCGCACGCCAGGACGCAGAGAACCGAAACACUCUGCUCCGGAAGGAGAUGGAAGACUUCUUUAAGUCUUUAGAAGACCUGCCAACAAAGCCCAGCUAG